GCGGGACCCAGAAUCCCCUGCGCCGAGGCAAGAUGGAAGAACACAGCAGCUGCGGGAGAACAAUGUUUUGGCUUUAGAUGUUGAAACGGACGGCUGAGGGUGAACUUCACGGGCCAAAACAGCAGGUCAUGGUCCUGCACCGAAUGUCACUGAUUGCCAUCCUGUAGUCUUCAAGUCUACUGGCAUCCACCAUGAGCAUCAUUCAGGACAAACUAGGCAAUGAAUUCCUGCACUCCAACGGGAGCAUGGACUCCAAUUUCGGGCCAGGCAUGAUUAUGUUCAGCCAUCUCCCCCCGGUGACCAGCUUCACACGGCUGGCUGCCCACUCUGUCAUGCAGGAACUUCCGCCUCAUGAAAUGAUCCUGAAGAAGGAGCGUGACUCACCUGACUGCAGCACGGGCACCCAUGGUGGCCGCAUGGGCUGUGUAGGGGUGGGAGACUAUGUUCACACCCUGGGCAUCAAGCAGGAGAAGCUGUCAGAGCAUGAUUACCGCCUGCCUGUGUACCCUGGAGGCCUCGGGAAGAGCACAGAACUACUGGAGGUGACAGUCAGUAACAACCAGAGCCUUCUGGUGCAUGACCUCAACAUGGGCAACCUGCCGAGUCAGUUAGUAAAGGAGCCCACUGGGAGAAAAGGUCGAAGGUCAAAUGGUGAUGGGCAGGAGGGUAAACCCAGAAAGAAAAGAAGCGAGGCAAAGCAAUCAAUGUUGCUGGAUGCUGAUGGAGGCAGCAUGUCCCCGGGAACCAAGCCCCACAUCUGUGAGCACUGCGCUGCAUCUUUUAGAAGCUCAUAUCACCUUCGCAGACACGUCCUCAUACACACAGGUGAAAGACCCUUCAGAUGCAGUCAGUGCAACAUGAGUUUCAUUCAGAAGUAUCUUCUCCAGCGCCACGAGAAAAUCCACAGUGGAGAGAAGCCAUUCAGCUGUGACCAGUGUAACAUGCGCUUCAUUCAGAAGUAUCACAUGGAGAGGCACAAGAGGACGCACAGUGGAGAAAAGCCGUACAGAUGUGAGACCUGCCAACAGUAUUUUUCAAGGACAGACCGACUGCUUAAGCACAAGCGAACCUGUGGAGAAGCAAUAAAGCAGGGGCUGGAUCCCGCCAUGAUGGACAUGGGUUGUGUAGACAUGGGACAUGGCAGCUAUGGAAUCACUCAGGGAAAUGCCGGGAAUACUGGGAGGAAGAGGGGAAAGUCCAAAAACUCUGGAGAGGGAGGGGAGCGCAAGAAGAAGAAGCAGGGGGAUGGAGGAGGGCUGAGGGUACCGCACAUUCAAGGGGUGGUGUCUGGAGGCUACAGCAUCCAUGAAUUCUCUCUGGAGAACCAAACGGUGUCUUCCUCUACCGAGCCAGGAGCCGUCAUGCAGCAGGGCCAUCACAGCAGAUCCCCAAAGAUGGCGUUCAAGAAGGCAAAUCGUAAAGGUUUAGACAAAGCAGGUAUGGGACAGGCCAAAGCAGGCUCCCUGGAGCAGACUGUGGGCAUGGACAGUCUUGGUCUAAUGCAGGGUAACGGGGCUAAAGGAGGACCCACCAGCAGCAACUAUGACGACGCCAUGCAGUUCAUCAAGAAAAGACGUUACCUUCAUGCAGCAAACAAUGCAAACUCAUCCGGGCAAGUGGGAGUCGGAGGAACCAGCAGCGAGUACGAAGUCAGUAUGGGACACUUGUCUUCCCAGCAGUCAGUCAUUCAGGGUGGGAUUGAUAGUGACCCUCCUCUUAGUCUGGAUAAAUCAGGGAUCCCAGAUGAGGUGCUCCAGAGCCUCCUUGAACACUACACCCAAAAAAACGACGGCUCCCACCACGAUAUUCACUUUGACAUCAGUGACCACCAUGUGGAUUUAAACCCCGUCUCAACUGAAGGCCCUGACAUCGGCCACAAUGCUGACAACUCCAGCCCUUCUGGAGACAAGAACGUCAUGAUGAACGAAUACUCUCGCUUCUUGCUGCAAGCUUUGGAGCGCACCAGCCACAGUGCCAGCUUCCCUCUGGGCCCCGGGACCCCAUCCUCAGGACCUUUCACAAGUUCCCACUCGGGGAAUCCCAUUUAUGUCGACAAAAACAUCUACACUACGUCUCCACUGGAGUGUGGGUUUGGCCAGUCAGCAGGCUCACCUUCGCUGCCCUCCUCUGUGCCAAAGUCUCACUUUGCGAUGCUGACGAGCUCCUCGCCACAGCACGGCUUCCACCUGAGCAGCCUGGAGGCCUCCACUCACCAGCAGCUCACCCCGUCUCAGGAGCUCAGCGACCAGAUGGAUAAGCACCACUCCUCGACGCCCCCUUCCUCCUAUCAGAUCAGUCCAUCAGACCUGAGCAGCCAGAAAGACCACCCGCCUGUCAAGAACGGCACGGUGGUCUACCAUUUGGCCCCCUCGCAGGAUCUGGCCUCUCUGGACUCCUCCAAGCCUUCCUACCAGAUAGAAAACUUUGCCCAGGCCUUUGGCCGAGGCGGCUUGUCUUAUGGCACUGACUCUGGCGGGGAGGUGGAUCACAGGAUACGGACGUCUGUGUCUGAAUUCUCAGGGUAUACUAGUUUGUUAUCUGAUGUCAAUGAGCCAGUAAGUACAGGUUCCAAAACUGCAACAAGCCAAAGCUACAGAUGAGAGCCUGAGAGGGGGAGAACACUCUGUUGUUAUAGCUGAUGUUCUUGUUUAAUUUUUUUUAGCGCUCCUAUUUUAUUACUAUUAUAAUUAUUAUUAUUGUUAUUAUUAUUUUUUAAGUGACAUCUUUCUGUUCCAUUUUCUGAAGCUCUGUUAUUGUGCCCACUCCUCUACACACAACGAGCCUGCAAGGCUUCCUGCAAAGGCAAUUUUUUUCUAAAGUAUCUGUUAUUUUUUUAAGUUAAUAUGUAUGUACUGUUUUAUUCUUGUCAUUUUAGGGACACUAGGUCAUUAAUCAUGAACUGAAAGUACUUUUUACUUAAGCGUAGAGUAGCACCGGACACAUUUCUUUUCCAAGGAGCUGAAAUGUUUGAGCAAUCAUCUUUACACAUGUGAAAUAAUAAUGAUUAAACCAUGAUGGCAGGGAAUAGCCCAGAAUCGAAAUAGCAAAAAAAAGGUUGUCUGUUACAAGGUUGAAAGUAUUACUCAGGAAAAAGUGGAAAGCCUACGAGGUGCCGUGAGCUCUGUUUUCAGAAGUUUUGCGACUUCAAAGAGCAAUUUUCUUAUGUUUUGUUACUUGUUGAAUAAGUGUGACAUAAACAGACUGCUGCCAGCUCACUUGAGCACUGAAAACACUUUCUACUCGGCUGUAUAGAGAUUAUGGUACUUGCGCGUCAAUGUGAAACUCAUGUUUUCUUCAAUAAGGGCCAUAUAUAUAUCUAUAUAUAUAUUUAUAACAAUAUAUAUGUAUUAAUGUAAAGAAACAGAUUAAAUCAGUUGAAGGAGAGGAAGAACGAGGACUGGUUCAGGGGGUACAUGUUGUCCUUGGUAUAUUUUUGGAGAACAAAAGUGAUGUUAGGGCUUUUCUUUGGCCAAUAGAGGUAGCUGUUGGACAGCGAUAGAAUGGCCUUCCCCUUUUCCUGCCCUCCUCCUCUUCCUCAGUUCCUCUUAUUUCUUUAAAAGAAUCCAAUUAGCACUUUGAGCCGUUUUCUUACAUAGAGUAAAGUACCCUGUCAGAUCAACAGAGCUCAAGCAUCAGCGGUGGACUGAGUUGUUUGGGGCAUAUGCAGACAGGGUUUGUGGGCGGAAAUAUUCUGGGUGUAUGUUCGGGGAUGCCCUUUGUUUGGGUUUAUACGGGAUAGGGGAGGGGAGGGGGUUGAUAUGUAAAAGUGGGAUUUGAACAUUUUCUCUCAUCUUUAGGAAGGGUUAAUUGGGUGGGUGGGUGGGCGGGUUGGGGCUUUUUAAGUUUUAUUCAAUCGGGAUAUUGUAAAUGUAAUUCAAACCCUUAGUUUUAGUUUGACUUGUAACCCAAUUUAGCAGCUUUGCUUUCUAAUUGAAUUUGAUGACGAAUGUGUUAGUGAUUAAGUCUUUCUUAAGCUGUUACUUUUGCAGCCAUAUGCAGUCGGAGCGAAAAGACGGCUGACCAAAAAAUGUGUAUGCAUUUUGAUCUUUUCUCAUGUGCUGGCAGUACCAAGCAUAAUAUUUGUCCCGGCAGAAAUUGGGCGCACGGGUACAAAAAUACUAAAUGUCAUUAAAUGUUAAAUGUAAUUUCUUGCUGGUUUUUAAAUGUAUACAUGUUCUUAUUUUUUUUUUUGUAAAGACAACAAUAAUUGCGCUGUCUUCCACAGCUACAGCUGGCCUUGAGUGCUGGAUUUGAUAUCACUCUGCUGAAUGAGACUUUAGACCCCUUUACACCCCGAUGGCCUGUUGUUUUAAGCAAUCAUUUAAAAUGGCACAGUGAAUUUUAAUGCUGUAAUAUCUUAAAUAAUGUGUUGCCAUGUUGGACAGUUUGAGCGUUAACAAGAGUUUGCCUCAUAUAUACCUCAUAUCACAGUGAACCAGGGAUAACGGAGUGAAGGUUGGAUUUGUGUAGCAGAGAUGCUGUUGUAUGUGAAAACCAUGUCAUGUUCCUGGAGGACUAUUUUUAAACAUUCAUGCUCAUGACAUUUAUAUGAUCCAUUAAGACGUUUGUUGCUUAAGGGUUUUUGUAAUUGCGUCAUGCCAACCAGUAUUCACUUUCUUCAGUUUGACUCAUCCACGUCUGAUUUGCCAGAUUGUUUCAUGAAGCUUGUUGUUUACGAAAAAUAACCGAAACACUACAUCUUCCUUUACUGAAUUCUGACCCAUGUAUAAAUUUUAUUUUAGUAUAUUCCUUUCCCUGUCUUUAUCACCGCCAAAUUUUUGUAGUGAUGAUAUCUUCCAUUUUUAUGUUCUUUCAGGUUCUUGUGAAACGAGUCACAAGGUUAUGCUUGUCCAAUGAAUUUAAAACUGAUUAGGGAAAAAAUAAAAAAAAAUACUGUUAUCAAG